AUGGGAUUGUCAGUGUUCUUUCAGCGUGUCUGGGACCUCGUACGCAGGCCGUUCGAGGACUGCACGAGCUGCUGCGACGUAAUUGACCCUGAUUACUAUCGCAAGGCGUCACCUGGCGUACACAGAACUCCACGAAUGUACGACCACUGGGAACGUGACGUCAAGUACUUUACGCAGUCUCGGCCUCCACUAUCGCGUUCUUCAUCAACAAGCAGUCGUGUAGGUUUAACAAAGCGUUCCACGUCGUCAGGCUCGAGAUCACGCUCCGAUACGCCUUCAAAUUGCUCGUACUCUUACGACAAAGAAGAGGCAGGGGACAGGCAAGUGCAAUUCUUGUUUUACGGAGGCAGCGAUUAUCCCACGCCAGCAGGAGGACUCUGCACAAGUGGGUACCGUAGCGAUAUGAUCUCCCACUACGUGCGACCGAUGAUGGAGUCCAUGAGUCCAGUAUUGAUUAAGUCACCACGAAUUAAUCAUGAGAUGCCGUGCUUCUUCUCACCGCGCAAUGCGCCGCAAUCUCCGAUGUUUGCGCCAAUCUACUCGCCCCAUCUCUUCACAAUCACAGAGCAUCGAAUACGGUAUGGGUCUCGAUACUACAAUGUGCGGUUUUGCAGAUGA